AUGGAGACCAUUCUCGCCGACAUCCAUCAGACCUUUUUCUGCGCCGACACGGUGGCUGAAGUUGAGGCCUUCGUGAGCCUUCACUCGGAGGCCUUCGUGAGCCUCAACUUCUCAGCUACCGAGGGCGUUCCCCUGGACCGCUUUCGCCAGGCAUACAUCAACCUCAAGACCGAGGUCGGCGUGUCCUCGGAUUUGUUGCGCCGUCUACUGGGUCUCCUUCACAACAUCGAACGCCUCCAACUCUUCCUCCCUAAAGAUGCCACCUCCGACGUCUUUAUCAACAUCGACUUCCCCAACCUCGUAAAGUUCUCCACCAACGCCCCUCACGCCGUCAUAGAGAAUUUCUUGUCCGCUCAUCCUCAGAUUCGCUGGUUGAGCCUGGACCGUCCCGUCAUUCCGAAUUCCCUUCAACCAAUUGCGCCAUUUAUGACCAUGGAUCGCCUCCUCUGCCCCGUCGCUCUUCUCCGCGACGUUCACUUCCCCCUCUCUAGGCUUCAAGCCCUGUACCUCGACAUCAACAGCGGCCAAGCGACUAUCUCCGAAGAUCUGCAGAAGAUGGCGUCUCAUUGCGGGCAGAAGGCCAUUUUCGCAGAGCUCACCCACCUCUGCAUCCAGAUUGCACCGAGCGACGUGAGUGUAAUGCGCGAGAUCUCUCGUCUGUUCCCCGCUCUCCGGAACCUCACUCUCAUGGAGAUUUGUCUUGUAAAUGCCAGACAGAGCGUUGAUGGCCCCAGGGCCUGGGACGCCUUCAAUGACGAGUGGUAUCACAUCCUCCUCACCCUUCCCUCCCUCCAAACCUUCACCCUCGCCACCGUCUCACUCCUGCUGGAGCCUCACCCCCUCGGAGAUCGCCUCGCUGAAGAGUUCCUUGUGCAUCACUGGGCGGGAGGGGCUAUGCAAGUUCCUCACCCCGCUCUUCGCUGUAUCGUCGCCGCAUACCCAUCGUGGGCAGGCUCUCCACCGGAGAUAGCGUCGUUCUGGAAAUCGGAGGAUGGGAGUUUGGGGGGUUGGAAGCGAGUGAACGUUGUCCGUGGCGGUGAGAUGGUGAAUAGGUCCAUCAUGGCGGGCUAUUGGGAGAUGCCUUGA